UAGAUAGAUAGGCAAGUAGAGCAGAGGUAUCACACACACAAACACACACAUAUAGAGAGACAGAGAGUGAAAAAUCGAUAUGGGAAAAGAGAUUAUGAAUGAGAAGAAGGAAAUGAGGGAGAUGCCGUUUCUGGCGUUGAACCAUGUUUCUUUUGUGUGUAAAUCUGUUGCAAAAUCUGUGGAAUUCUACGAGCAGGUUCUGGGUUUUGUCCUCAUCAAACGCCCUUCCUCCUUCGACUUUGAAGGUGCUUGGUUGUUCAACCAUGGGAUCGGAAUCCACUUGCUGCAAGCAGAUAAUGUGGCCGGAAAGAAGGGGAAAAUCAACCCAAAAGACAACCACAUAUCGUUCCAGUGCUCGGACAUGGAUAUGAUCAUGAAGCAGUUGGAAGAGAUGAAGAUCGAGUACGUGAAGGCAGUGGUGAGAGAGGGUGGGAUCAUCGUGGAUCAGAUAUUCUUCCAUGAUCCUGAUGGGUACAUGAUUGAAAUCUGCAACUGCGUUACAUGA